AUGUUCAGUUACGUUUUUUUUUCAGAAUCUUCUGCAUCCAAAAAAUUAAAAUUCAGUGAUAGCGGUGCUUUUUAUGGAUACGAUAGGGGUGCAACGACCGAGACGAAACGAAUUGUCAAAUCGACAUUUAAUCCGGAUUAUUAUUCGACAGAAAAAUUUCGCAAUCAACGGCUUGUCGCUUGGCUUGGAAGUUUUGCGAUUUUUUUAAUAUAUUUUUUAAUUUUGAGAGAGCCAUCGGAUUUGGAUGAAAUAUUUAAUUCACCACCAGUUGAGCUAACAACUGGAAUUGAAAGGAAGGCUUUAAAAAAAGAAUUGGAGAAGGCGAAGAAGAGCGGUAAAGACACGAGAUUGCUCGAAGCUCAGUUAAGUUAUCUCGAUGUCAAGCACGAAGCUUUAAAAGCGAAAUUUGCUCAGAAUAAUUAA